UUGCCUCCCAUCUAACCUCCCAUCGCUGCUGCUAGUCGCACAGAGUAAAGAGAAGAUAAGAGUACAGGGAACAUAGUAGAAGAGUAACAAAUAAUAGUUAAGAGGGCAGAAUACGCUAUAAGACCAGUAGGUCAAUGGUUCCCAUAAAGGGAGAAUUUAUAAAAAAACAAAAGGCACCCUGAGGGUACGCUUUAAUAGCUGAGAAGAUGACCAAUACUUGGCAGUUGGAUGGGCUGCCGGUCGACGUGUUGCUGAUGAUCUUCGAAUUUUGCAAUGAAUUCGAUCUGUUGCGGCUCAGCGAGGUGUGCAAGCGAUUUAACGAUAUCACGCGCAAGGACGUGCUCUGGAUCAAGAAGAGCAAACACUUUCUCGUCACGAAUCAAACGUCGGAGAGGUUUCGCGCGAGAUGCAGCACAAUACUGAGUCCACGCACGAUGUUGUUUGUGUCUUACAACUGGCGCUACGGGAUAUUCAAUAAGCAAACGAUGUUGACGCAGAGAGCGAAGCUGAUACCGUGGCUGAAAAUGACGAACGACAUGCUCUGGUGGAGCGGUAAUAAAGGACUUCUUGGCUUCGGUCGCGGUAAAGAGGCGACGAUAGAUGAGACGCAUGGCAACUGCUAUCGCACAGAACCCUACAUAGGAGGUGACAUCUGCAAAUUCGUUCUUUGGAAAAACUUCAUCAUAUGUGGCUAUAUGGAUGGCUCUGUCAAUUACUUUCUGAAGAGGUUCGACACGAGAGAAUGUUGCAUCGCAAAGAUACUUCCGAAAAACAAUUGCUCCGUCAACGCUAUAGACGCCACGUCGACAAAUCUUGUUGCAGGUUUAGAGAAUGGUACAGUAAAGAUACUAAGACAUCCAGACAUGGACACGCCUGAAAAAACCAUUUAUAGAGAUAGCCAGGUCCGCUACAUAUGUCUGCAGGACAAAGUGCGAUCACUCUCGGUAGAUCCUACGGAAGCAAAAUGUGCCGUUGGCUCAUCCGGAAUUAACAGCAUUCCACCGCUACACGUAAUUGACAUGGAGCGUUACACAAUGGUAGACACAAUACGGCACACGUGGAGACACGGUGCCGGGAUACUGGACAUGGUGUGGGACGAUCCCAACACUUUACUCACAUGCGGCUACGACACAUGCAUCCGAAAAUGGGACUUAAGAUCUGGCAGAUGCGUCUGUUCAUGGGCGGACCCAUUCGAUGCAACGCCGUAUUGUAUUUCAUCCGAUUAUCGGUAUUCCAUGGUGACAGGGACGCAGUAUAACUGUAUGGCUGUUCUGUGGGAUCAGAGGAAGAGUGAUUUCGUUCAGCUGUAUUACGUCAAUACGCGAACAUCGACUCGACACAGCCCGAUCUAUUCUAUACAAUUUGAUAGCUCACACCUGUACUGCGCUACGGAUAGACUCGUCAUCGAAUUAAGCUUCUCGGCCCAUUCGUGUCAGAAGUACGAUUACAAGUCGCUGUUGAGUAGCUACGUUGAGCAGCUACGUUGAGCAGCUAUGUAAAAUCGUUUCAUGCUGCAAGUUUAAUUGUGACGAGAGGGACAAGUUCCAACUUUGGGAAUCAAAUGGUGUACCUCAUUUUGUAAAAACAGCAACGUGUAUUAUAAAUUGUAAUGAUACGAAUUGCAAUAAUUGUGCCGUAUGUAAUUAUAUGCCAAUACAUCAUACCUGUGUGUACGUGAACAGCUCGUGUUCGCACGACUUUUUUCUAGAUUCACACCUCGAAGUAUUGGCUUGUAAUAUAAUUAAGAAUGAUAUAUUCCUGUGGAAUAAAGAAAGUCAACUGUA